AGCAUUACAAACGGGGCUUUAAUUUGACAGGCGCAGGCGUCGUUGAGCAAACUAGUGCGGACCAGGGUCUUUGGUUUUAAAAGGCUAUAGACGCUAAUGUAGCAACUGCAGCUGUCCAUGGCAUAAUUGGACGUGUAUAUGCAGGCGUCCAAGCAGCGCAAGCGUCCAAGCAAGUUUUGUGACCCAAAGCGGCUGUCCGGGCGGCUAGAGCGGCGUCUCGCAUUCCCUGGAGCUGCUUAUCAUCCGUUUGGAACUGGGCAACAGAGACAGUGGCACUUGGCGAGCCCAUUUCUGGCGCGUGCGGCCCCAAAACCCGGCAGCACGCUGACCCCACGACGCUUGGCGGGUUACGGUCGUGCCAGCUUUCCGCGGGGCCUCGGUGUUUACUUGAGUUUUCAUAAGCACUCAAGUCGCUUACAGCACCUCUGUACGGACGCGUACGGGUCCUCUUGACUGGGGAAGGUGAAGCGCGCUUUUCACAGCAGCCAUAACAACCAUGCUCGCCAGUGCGCCUGGGGCGCCCCAGCUCCCAUCGAUGCCACCAACGGCAGGCUCUAUGGCUGCAGCAGCAGCAGCAGCAGCAGCAGCCGCUGCGGCCGCAGCCGCAGCCUCAGCCGGCGGCCAGCCGCAAGUACAGCCUGUGCCUUCGCCCCCACCUGCACCGUCGCCGCCAGUGCACGGCGACCCGGCUGCGGCCGCUGCUGCAGCGGCGGCGGCUGCCGCAGCCGCAGUGGCCGCCUAUGGCAUGCCGCAAGGCGCCGCGCCGCCGCCCGGCAUGUUCCCUGGGCUACCUCUCGGAAUCUCCCUGCCGGGUUUCCCGCCGCAGCCACCUCCGGUGCAGCCGCCGCUGCCAACGGCAGGUUCAGUCUCUGCCCAAAGCCCAGCCACCGGAUCGUCAGCCGCUGCACCGCAGAUGGCGGCUGCCGCGGCUCCAGGAGGCCCAGUGCCAAUGCAGGGAGUGGUGGCCAACGGAACCGUUCCACAGCAGCAACAACAACAGGCCGCGGCGAUGGCUGCCGUAGCGGCGGCAGCCGCGGCCGCGGCAGCUGCCGCCAGUGCACCUGGUGCCAUGCCGCCGUCGGUCGCGCCGUCGGCGGCCGCACCACCGUUUCCGGCUGCUCCGGCUGCAGGUAGCGCCGGAACCAGCGCGCCUUCUGGUGGGACUGCGGGCAGUGGCCGCAAGGUGUCCACGUCAGACAUCCAGCUGGUGCAGAACCUGAUCGAGCGAUGCAUGCAGAUGUACAUGCCCCUCAAAGAGGUGGUGUCCACGCUGCAGACGCAGGCCAAGAUUGAGCCGGGCUUCACUCAACUGGUGUGGCAGAAACUAGAGGAGCAGAACGCAGAGUUCUUCAAGGCCUACCACGUCCGCCUCAAAAUCAAGGACCAAAUCGUCAUGUUCAACUACCUGCUGGAGCAGCAGGUGAACAUGGUGCAGAAGCUGCACAUGAGCUGGAUGCAGAUGAUGCCGCCCGGCAUGGCCGCCGCGGCUGCAGCAGCCGCAGCCGCGGCGGCCGCAGCGCGCCCGCCCGCCGCCGGCGCCAACCCCGCGAGCGCGCCCGGUGCAGCACCGCCGACUCAGGCGCCCCUCGCUGCGCCAACACCAGCCCCGACGCCGGUGCCCACGCCGGCAGCGCCGACGCACUUGAUGGGCGUGAUGCCUACGUCGCUGCCUGGGAUGCCGCCGGGCAUGGGGGCGGCGCCGGGCGUGGCCUUCAACCCCUUCCUUGCAGCCAUGAGCGCCAACCCCGCCGCCAUGGCGGCGGCCGCUGCCGCUGCCAUGCAGCAGCAGCAGCAGCAACAACAACAACAUCAACAUCAACAACAGCAGCAGCAGCAACAGCAGCAACAGCAGCAGCAGCAGCCGGGCAUGUCGGCGAUGGCAGCGGCGGCCGCCGCCGGACAGGCCGCUAGCAUGGCAGCCGCCAGCCAGGCGGCAGCGGCGGCCGCUGCCAGUGCCGCUGCUGGCAGCGCACCGGGCAUGGCGCCGCCGGCGGGGCCGCAGUCCCAGGCGGCGCCGCCUUCGAUGACACCAUUCGGAGCUCCUCACGUGCAGAUGCCGGGGGCGCCGGGCAUGCCGCCGGGCAUGCCGCCUGGAGCGUUUGGCGCGCUGGCGGGCAUGCCGCCUGGCUUCCCGCAGCCACCGGGUGCACCCAUGCAGAUGCAGGGCUUCCCGCCGGGCACGACGCCCGGAGCCACACCCCAGCAGCAAGCGCUGGAGCUGCAGCAGGCAGCGGUGGCGGCACAGGCCGCGGCGCAGGCGGCGGCGGUGCAAGUUGCGCAGGCCCAGGCGCAGCAGCAGGCGGCGCAGGCCCAGGUGGCGCAUGCACAGGCAGCGGCCGCCGCUGCGGCGGCGGCCGCAGCGGCGGCACAGGCGGCGGCACAGGCGAACGCCGCUGGAAACGCUGCCGGAAGCGCCACCACUGGCGGGACGCCGGGGAGCGGUGGGGCCGGGGCGUUCCCAGUGACUUCUGACUUGAUGGCUCUGUCGGACUCGGCGCUGGACGGGUCUGGCAUGGGCGACCUGCACAUGCUGGCGGGCUCGGACCAGGACCUCAUUAACAGCCUGGGCCUGGGCGCGCCCGGUGAUGUGACGGCCAGCGGCGCCGGUACCGGAGGCGGCGGCGGCGCCUUUAACCUGCACCUUAACCUCAGCUCCCUCGACGGCGCUGCCAGCGGCAACAGCGACGUCGCCGCCGCGGCCGCCGCAGGCGCAGCAGCUGGCGCUGCCGCUGCCGGAGCCGCGCCGGGGGUCGCCACUUCAACGGCCGGCGGCGCCACGGACUUCUCCGACCUUGCCAAUCACUUCUCGUUCUCGGACCUUGGCACGAUGGGCAUGGGCGUGGGCUAUGGCGACCCGUUGGGGGCGAGUGGAGGUGCUGGUGCGGGGACGAGGACGGGGGCCACGGCGGGCGCAGGCAGCGAUGCCGCAGCGGCUGCGGCUGCGGCAGCGGCUGCCGCAGCAGACCCAACCGGCGGCCUGGGUGGCGCUCUGGCAGACUUUGAUUUGGACAAGCACGAGGCGGACAUGCGGGACUUUGAGUUGGACUUUCCGUAAUGUGACUCCUUGAAGGUAGCCUGGGCUUAUCGAGUCAUACCGCGGGAUUUCAGUUACAGCUGGUAACCGACUCCGCGUUGCUGGUAGUUGCGGCAUUGCCUGCCUGGCGUCUUGCAUGCCUGGCACAUGGCCAUACACCACAAUUUGCGGCUGUAAGCUGCAUUUACAGCACGAUGAGUGUCAAUCACGGCGCCGCUACCCAGGAAGCCGUACCACUGCGUCAUGCAAAAGGGGGACUGGUUGACGGUGUAGAUGGCGUUGUUGAGACCGUUGGUGAUCCAUGCGCUGUUGCUUAUGACGCUGCGCGCCUGCAUGGCUUGAAUGUUGCGGUCAUAGUCAGCUAGGAUGCGGAACAGCUGGUUUUAAUCGGGGAUGGUUUGCACCCUUUCGGUGCCAAUCCACACCUCUAGCGUCUCGACAAGUGUUUCAACAUCGCGUGGCAGCGACUGGUUGUUGGCGGUGCCGUGCAUGGUUGCCAGGAACCACAGGCGCAGCGUGGACAGGUCCCACACGCCGUGGGGAAGCGUGAAGCGUAGGAUGUCCCCGGCCACGGCUGUGUUCCGGUCCAGGGGGUCAACCCGUGUAAUGAUCUUCAUGC